AUGUCAGCCAACCCAAAACGGCUUGAUGCGUUUCAUUGUAUGAUAGUCACAAAGUACUUUUCUACCAUUGAAGACUUUAUAUCCAUUGAAUUUGUAUGUAAGAAGUUCAACGGAAACAUGUCCAAGUUCCAUUAUAACCCGAUUCCACUCAAUUUGUUCACUCUCAAAUUCUUCCCACAUAUUGAAACGUUCCAUUUGUACACCGAAAAAGACUAUAGCUUCUCGUCCACUAAAUUCUAUAGAAGAGUCAUAUGGACACCAACCGAUUAUACACAAUGUUUGAUGUCUGAGAACGAGAAUUUUGACUUCAAGAACGUCAUUUUCUCUCGCCUUGAUUUGAAGAAAUGCCGCAGCGUCACAUCAAAUACGCAACAAACAACGUUUGAGGAAAAAGCACUGCAAGCGACGGAACUUGUGACAUUUACUGUUCCCAGUUGUGUGCGCGGACUGUCCGAAUUUUGUUUCUCGGAGUGCAUGUACCUCAAAAAUGUCGUCCUUCCCGACUCGAUUACUUCACUAGGAAAUUGUUGUUUUGCAAAUUGUCACUCGUUAAGUACUUUUACUGUACCGCACUGUGUCCGCUCGUUGGCUUUUGGUUGUUUCCAGAGCUGCAAGAAUUUGAGUCAGAUCGAGUUAAGUCAGCAUCUUACCUCUUUAGGGGGGUGUUGUUUCUAUGGCUGUUCUUCCCUUGAACAACUUCAUUUGCCGUGUUACCUCGAAACCAUUGGAGAGUAUUGUUUUACUGACUGCAAGAGUCUUAAACACCUUUCUUUGACAAAAACGCCUUUGAAAGAAGUCAAAAAGGGGUGCUUUUCGGGGUGUGUAAAUCUCGGAAAUAUCGACUUACCAACUUCUGUUACUAAUUUGGGAGAUUAUUGUUUCUAUGGGUGUAACAGUUUAGAGUCUCUGUAUAUCCCCAAGAGCGUCGAAGUCGUUGGGACAAACUGCUUCUGUGCCACAACACACACUUUCCUCACUAGUUAA